AUGUCUCAGGAAGGGUCUCUACAUGGUACAAGAGCCCUGAAUCAGAGACGGAGGCAGCGCACAGUGUUCACGGAGGAGCAGCUGAAGGAACUCCGGAGAUGCUUUGAGCAGGACCGAUACCCAAGUGCCAGAGAGCGCCAGGCCCUGGCACACAAGCUGAACUUGGGAGAGUACAGUGUCAAGAUUUGGUUUAAAAACCAGAGGGCAAGACACUCCAGAGCAAAUUCCAGAAGGUCAGGACAACUCCCAGGGGUGCAGGACUCCCAGCCCAUCUGCCUGCCCUCAGCCCCCACUCCUGAUGGCCAGCCAGGCCCAGGGAGCCCUGCUAUCAGCAGCCCUAGUCCCAGUCCACCAGCUGCUACCCCUGCAGGUCCUGCCAGAACAGCUAGGCCAGGGCUCCACAGUGCUGGAGCCCCAGCCUGGGAACCUGCCUCUGCGGUCCCUGAGAGCUCAGAGGAGCCUACUGCCCCAGCCCCCGGAUUGUCUGUGGACCCCAUGGACUUUGGAUUACCUCGGGAGCACCUGUCCCUCUUUCAGAAUGCAUGGAGAUGCUGGAUGAGUUUGUUUCUGUCCCCUUCACCUCUGGAAAGCACCCCAAGAUCGCAGCUCAACUCGCCUCUUGCCUUUGUGAAGCUGAGACCUUGGCUUUGGAGACCUGCUGAGACAUUAUGCCCAUGGUGUCUGAUGCCCCAGAAGCCCAGCUUUGAAACCUGGCCCUUCAGACUGCCCUUUCUCAUCUACCAGCAGGGCCCCUCUGAUCAGCCCAGCUCAAAACUUCUCCACAGAGAAGCCCAGGCUCUCAGCCUGAGGCCAGGCCUGGAGCAACCCAAGGGGACCCCAUUCCUGACUUCAAUGAGGAGGACACCCCGGACCAGCUCUUUUACCGGACUUCCUGCCCACCCACUAGAUGGACGACAUCCUAGAACUGGGACCCUGAUAAACCCCAUGAGAGCUGCUCCUGUGCUCCUGAACAAGAGGCCUGACCACAGAAUAGGCUGA